AUGUCCAAAGCAGCGUCCGCUCGCCGACAUGCACCUCUCGAAGACGAUAUCACUGCUUCUGGAGGCCGACUCCGAACCAAAUCAAUUACUGGGAAGAGAAAGUCAAGAUCGGAUGAAAGCGCACAAGGAGAUGGUUACAUCGACUCUCGGUCCUCGCGAAAGAUAUUGGCAAUAGCUCAAGAUCUCGUGGACGAAGACGCAGCAGAACGCCGGGCUACCAGCGCAAAUUCCACAUCCCCCACGAAUGGAGCGUUCGGCUUCGACUCUAGGUUUGCGGUAGAUGACGAAGAUGGGACUGGAAACGUGCACGGGGAGAGUCGGUUCGAUGACGAGGAGGAAUGGAUACCGGAAGACGACGAAGCCGUGGCCCCUGAGGAUGACAUGGAUCCGGAGGAGAUGGCGGUCUACAAAAGGUUCCUCCAAGAUGGCGAAGAACUGGCCGACUUUGCACCAUCAAUUGCAAAUUUGACCACGAGCGACACCUUAUCGGCGAAUGGGAGGCGCAGGCACCAGCAAGCAAGAGCCAACGGGGCGACGGAAGAAGGAGAACAAGAGGAAGACGAAGGUCAAACAACAAACCUUGCAGACUUGAUUCUGCAACGUAUCGCCGAAAAGGAGGCGUUCGAAGCUUCUCGAUCCGCCGUGCAGCCACAAACGUUCAUAGGCGGUGGCUCUAUGGAAGAUGCCGUCGAGAUCCCCAUGAAAGUCGCUGAGACAUUUACCAAGGUCGGCCAGCUCCUGUCACGUUACAAGUCCGGUCCUCUGCCCAAGCCAUUCAAAGUUCUCCCAACGCUACCACAAUGGCCAGAUCUUCUCUCUAUCACAAGACCCGAGAAUUGGACUCCACACGCGGUCUACCGCGCGACAAAGAUUUUCAUCUCUGCCCCAGCGGCUACGGGUCAGCACUUCUGCGAAACAGUCCUUCUCGACCGCGUGAGGGAAGACAUCCAAGAGACCAAGAAACUCAAUGUCCAUCUCUACAAUGCCCUGAAAGCUGCCUUUUACCGACCAUCUGCGUUUUUCAAGGGGUUUUUGUUUCCGCUCGUGGAGUCGAGUUGUACGCUGCGCGAGGCGCACAUCAUCUCUUCCGUGCUGGCCAAGAUCAAAAUUCCUGUCCUCCAUUCUGCAGCCGCUCUGUUGCGGCUGUGCGAGAUCUCGGCGGAACAGACGGCAAACGUGAACAGCGAAGCCGCUGGUGCUGCCAACAUCUUCAUCCGCGUCUUGCUUGCGAAGAAAUAUGCGCUGCCGUAUAAGGUUGUGGACGGCCUUGUGUUUCAUUUCCUUCGGUUUAGAGCCUCCAAGGAACAGGACCAAGAGGCGUUGGGAUCCAAAGAGGCCAAAUUGCCCGUCCUGUGGCAUCAGAGCCUCCUAAUAUUUGCGCAGACAUACCGGAACGAAAUCACCGAGGACCAGCGAGAAGCACUACUGGACCUGCUGCUGGUCAGGGGCCAUAAGGAUAUUGGACCCGAGGUCAGACGUGAGUUGCUGGCCGGUAGAAACCGAGCUGGUGCAGAUGGACACGGUGGUGGUGAGAUGCAGAUUGAUGCACUAGAAAAGAGGGACGAUGGGGAUGAUACUAUGGACAUGAAGGGCUGA